AUGAUUUGUGUCAUGGCCAUGAACCCCCAUGGAAACGAGGCUCCGCAACACCCGGUGGAUUCCGAUUCCCUUAGCAGGAGAUUUGACGAACAGAGACUUCGACCCAACAUUGAUGUUACCAUCAACCCCAGCGACGUUCUGUGUGGAAGGGGCAAGUCAUCCUUCACCCAUGCCGGCAACAGGAGAUUCCGCGAUGCUGUCACUUCUGCCAUUGACGAAUACAACAACUCUGAGUCCAGGCUUGCAAAGUCUCGCGUUGUGCAGCGCAUUGUCGAGAACAUCAAAGGAGGAGGCGGUCGCUUCCUCAAGAAGGAGAGAUCCACUGGACAGUGGGUUGAACUAGACACAAAGAGCUGCCGUGACAAGGUUGGGCAUGCCAUCCGCGAUGCAGCCAACCUAAUUGAGGCACGCAAGCAGAAGGAACAGAGAAAGAAGAGCAGCACCUAUUCGUUCCUAGAGGAAAGGGGCCGAGCUUCUCUGCCUGGAGGAGUGCCCAGCGUUGGCAGGGGAGUGUCUAGUAGAUUAUCCCCCACUAACAGAUUCGAGGAUGACGACAUCUUCUACGGGACCUUGUCUGAAGGCAAGCUGGAGGAUGAAGACUUCAACGAUGUUGUGGAUCCAGAAGAUGAUCCCUUUGUAAGGCACAUUAAUGAGGUACUGGGGCCAAUUCCUCCGCAGGAGACAAGGGAUCCUCUUAGGGACUUUUUGGACAACCUUGGACGGGAAACGUGA